AUGCCCUUUGCCCUUACCAGCCAACAUAAGGGGCCCCUCGGGGGCCCCCCAGGGGGGCCCCCAGGGGGCCCCCCAGGGGGGCCCCCAGAGAGCCCUCCAGAGGGGCCCCCAGAGGGGCCCCCAGGGGGGCCCCCAGGGGGGCCCCCAAGGGGGCCCCUAGAGGGGCCCCCUACUGGGGAAAGGGUACAGUUGGGGGAGGCCCUGGUGGAGGCGAAAUGCAAAAGAGAAAUGACGGAAAAUGAAGAAACGAUAAAGAGCCAAAGCGGCAGUCAGCAGCAACAGCAGCAGCAGCACGUGGCUGCACCGCAGCAAGAGACUCUUUUUGCUGCUCUUGCUCACGCUGACUGCUGCUGUGGCUGCAGCAGCAGCAGCAGCAGCAGCAGCAGUAACGGUGACAGCAGCAGCAGCAACAACAACAACGCCUGUGACAGCAGCAGUAGCAGCGUCAGCGACAGCAGCAGCAACAACAGCGAAAGCAGCAGCAGCAGCAUCGGCAGCAGCAGCAGCAGCAGCAGCAGCAACAGCAGCAGCAGCAGCAGCAGCAGCAGCAGCAGCAGCUCAGCACCGGGCUUGCCUGCUUGGCGCGUCUUGGAGACAAUUAAAUCUCUUUUGGCCCUUUAUAGACUUCGCGCUCUGAAGCAGCAGCCCCGAAGCAGCAGCAGCAGCAGCAGCAGCAGCAGCAGCAGCAGCAGCAGCAGCAGCAGCAGCAAGGAGGAGGCGCUGCGGAAGAUCCUUCGGCGUUUUCUGUAUGAGAGCUGCGCGGUUGAGUGUCUCCUUCUCAAAACGAGCAGCAGCAGCAGCAGCAGCAGCAGCAGCAGCAGCAGCAGCAGCAGCAGCAGCAGCGGCAUGGCCUGCUGCUGCGAAGGCUGCCGCCGUGUUGCAGCAGCAGCAGCAGCAGGAGAACCCGCAGCAACUCCUGCUGCAGUUAUGCGGCAGCUGCUGACUCUCACAGAGCUGCAUGCAGCAGCAAACGAUUGGGGGGCCCCGGGGGGCCCCCAGAGCCCCCAGGGGGGCCCCUGGGGGGCCCCCUCGGGGGCCCCCUGGGGGGCCCCCCCGAGGGUGGGGGGCCCCCAACCCUCGGAGUUGGAGGGGCCCCUAGUGCAGCAAAGAGUUGCUGCUGCUUUGGCGGAGGCUUGGAGAAGACUAGCUGUCUGCUUUCAGCAGCAGCAGCAGCUGCAAGAGCAGCAGCAGCAGCAGCAGCAGCAGCAGCAGCAGCAAGAGCAGCAGCAGCAGUGGCUGGUCGGGUGUACGCACACCUUCGUGCUUCGCUGUGGGGCGCAGCCUCUUGCUGCUGCGUUGCUGCUGCCUCUGCUGCUGCAGGGGCCGCAGCAGGACUCUGAUGCUUUGCUGCAGCAGCAGCAGCAGCUGCAGCAGCAGCAGCAGCAGCAGCAGCAGCAGCCUUCUUUCGCCUCUAAGGAGACAGAAGAAGCAAACAAGACGCAACCCAUUUGCUGCCGCGCUGCAGCAUGGGCCCCCUGCAGCGGCCUGCCCCUGUGGGGCCCCUCAGGGGGCCCCUCAGGGGGCCCCCAGGGGGGCCCCCAGGGGGGCCCCCUGGGGGCCCCCAAGGGGGCCCCUGUGGGGCCCCUGGUCAGCAGCUCUGUGGCGCUGCUGCUGCGCUGUGCCCUGCAGCAAGGGGCCUCUGGGGGCCCCCUAGCGAAGGCCAUUUUCCAGACCCUAAAUCUCUUCUUCCACUUGCAGUACCCAGGGGCCCCCCGGGGGGCCCCCCCGGGGGGCCCCCCGGGGGGCCCCCCGGGGGGCCCCCCGGGGGGCCCCCCUGGGAGUGGCUCUGGGGGCCCCCAUGGGGCCCCCUGUGGGGCCCCCGAAGAGGGUUCUGUGGAGGGGGGGCCCCCUUCUGCAAACCCUUUAGCAGUCAGCGGGUGGGGCCCCUGGCAGUGCCUAAAAGCUGCUGCUGCUGCUGUUGCAGGGGCCCCCGGGGGGCCCCCCUUGCUGCUGCACUUCAGUGCGCAGCUGCUGGGGAGGGGCCCCUCUUCGCCCUUCGGGCUUCCUGCUGCUGCUGCACUAAUUGACAUUUUGGGGGGCUUUUGUCCCCUUGGGGGCCCCCUCAGCAGCAGCAACUCACAGGCAGCAGCAGCAGCAGCAGCAGCAGCAGCAGCAGCAGCAGCAGCAGAUGGCGCAAGGUGCAGAGGCCAAAACUGCCCUGCAUGCGCGCUUCCAGAUGUGCUGUUUUCACCGCAGCAGCAGCAGCAGCAGCAGCAGCAGCAGCAGCAGCAGCAGCAGCAGCAGCUGCUGCUGCGCAAGGUAUAUGUGCAGUUGCUGCAGUCGCUGCUGCUGCGGUGGGCCAGCGAGCAGCAGCAGCAAAGUGUCUCCUUAGAGCAGCAAAUCGCGCUGACUUUCUGUUUGCUGCGCUUUUUGCUGCACAGGGCAGCAGCACGAGCAGCAGCAGCAGCAGCAGCAGGCGCAGCAGCAGCAGCAGCAGCAGCAGCAGCAAACCUUGGAAACUGGGAAGCAGGACAACUCAUGGAGGGAAUCCACACUCGUCUCCUUUCAGCUGAAGAGACACUUCGCUGCUGCGCAAUGGCAGCAGCAGAAGGUUUUGCUGCUGCAGCACUACUCCCGAGGGGGCCCCCCCAGGGGCCCCCCAAGGGGCCCCCCAAGGGGCCCCCGCAGGGGGCCCCUCAGGGGGCCCCCGAGGGGGCCCCUCAGGGGCCCCCCGAGGGGCCCCUUCAGGGGUUUCCCCUCGAGGGUCCCCUUGGGGGGCCCCCCCUGGGGCCCCUUGAGGGGCCCCCCGAGGGGCCCCCCUCGGGGGCCCCCGAGGGGGCCCCCGAGGGGGCCCCCGAGGGGCCCUACUUGGGGCCCCCGCCGCCAACGGAUACUGCAGCAGAUGAAGAGGGGGCCCCCCUUAUUUUUAAAGCCUUAAGAGAGGAGAAGAUGCUGCUGCGCUGCCCGCAGCUGCUGCCGCUGCUGGCAGUGUUUGCUGCAGCAGCUGCUGCUGCUCCCGGGGGGCCCCCCGAGGCCCCCCAGGGGGGGCCCCCCAGGGGCCUCCGGGGGGGCCCCUUGGGGGGCCCCUGGGGGGGCCCCUGGGCCAUUUUCAACUUGGGCUCUUCCAUUGGGGAAGCCUUGGGAUCGCCUCAGCAGCUGCUGCUGGGAGACUCGCAGCAGCCAGCAGCAGCAGCAGCAGCAGCAGCAGCAGCAGCACCUGCUGCUGCUGCUGCUGCUGCUGCUGGGCCCCUACAGCUGCUGCCAGCGGGCUGGGGGGGCCCCUCUGGGUCUGCUUUGCUGCAGGCGCUGCGCUUUUGUCUUGGGGGGCCCCCCAGCAGCACUGAGCCUACAGUUCUUCCAGAGGGGGCCCCCCAAGAGGGGGCCCCCCAAGAGGGGGGCCCCCAAGAGGGGGGCCCCCAAGAGGGGGGCCCCCAAGAGAGGGGCCCCCAAGAGGGGGGCCCCCAAGAGGGGGGCCCCCGGGGGGUGGGGCCCCAAGAGGGGGGCCCCCAAGAGGGGGGACCCCGGGGGGUGGGGCCCCAAGAGGGGGGGGCCCAGGAGGGGGGCCCCCAAAAGGGGGGCCCCCAAGAGGGGGGCCCCCAAGGGGGGCCCCCAGCAGCAACAGAGGCCCUUGGAGUUGGGGAGAUGAGGGUACAUUUGGUUGUGGAGACGGAGACAGAAACGGAAGCAGAAAAUGGAGAAAAAGAGAAAAAUAAAAAAACAAAAAAAGAAAUAAAAAAAGAAUUAAAUGAAGAGACAGAAGAAGAGACAGACGAAGGAGAGGCCGAGCUGGCCAGACUGCCCGACCUCCAGCCCCUCCCCUCUUUUGCUGCUGCUGCUGCUGCUGCUGCUGCUGCUGCUGCUGGGGGCCCCGGGGGCCCCCGCUGCGGCCCACAGACCCUGCGGCAGGCCCUCGAGUGGCUGACUGGCAACCGCGUGCUGGGGGACACAGCAGCAGCAGCAGCAGCAGCAGCAGCAGCAGCAGCAGCAAGAAAGGGCCCCCUGAGGACCAAACCAAAUCCAGAAAAUGCUGCGGAGACACUUAUGAGACAAGCAGCAGCAGCACAAGCUGCUGCGAGGCUGGCUGUCUUGCAGGUGCAGCGCCACCUGGAGGCAAACCCUUUGGGGCCCCCCGGGGGCCCCCCCGGGGGGGCCCCCCAAGGGUUUGGCUUUCUAACGGACCAAAUGGAAGAGGACCUCGCAGUGCCGCUGCUGCAUGCAAUUUUGGGGCUGGAUUGUUCGCUGCAGCCGGAGCUGCUGCAGCCUUUGGUUGCUGCUGCUGCUGCUGCUGUGUUUGCUGCGUUCUUCCCGCUGCUGCUGCAGCACGUGGGGCCCCUGCUGCUGCAGCAGCAGACCUCUGUCUCGCAGAAGCUGCUGCUGCUGCAGGCCAUGCAGCGCGCAGCAAGGUGGCUUAAGGAGGGGGCCCCCCCAGACGCAAGGGCCCUCUACACUGACAGCCCGCCCCCAAAGAGAGCAGCAAAACGGCUGCUGCAGCAGCAGCAGCAGCAGCAGCAGCAGCAACGGCAGCAGCAACAACUGCAGCAGCAGCAGCAGUCCUUGCAACAGCCGGUCGCCGUGUCGUCCUCUGAAACAGCACGAGACCCCCCAAGCAAGCAGCAGCAGCAGCAGCACGAGCAGCAGCAGCAGCAGCAGCAGCAGCAGCAGCAGCAGCAGCGUUUGCUGUCGGUAGUGCGGGUGCGUCGUUUUGCGCAUGCAGCAGCAGUUGCAAAGGGGCAAAUAAAUUUAUUUGUCCCCUUUUUGGAAGCAGCAAUGGGGGCCCUUGAGUGCUGUUUGCUGCAGCCCUCGGGGCCCCCCCCGCCGCUGUCUUUGCUGCAGCAGCAGCAGCUGCUGCAGCAGCUGCGGGCCCACCAGCAGCUGCUGCAGGACCCGCUGCUGCUUGCUGCAGUGCUGAUGGCCAUGGGGGAACUGCUGCGCGCGGGGGGCCCCGGGGCCCCCGGGGGCCCCUCCCGCUGCUGCUGCAGCAAAGCAGCAAAAGUUUAUUUGCACUUCAAAUCUCACCAAGACAGAAAUGUCCGAAGGGGGGCCCUUUGUGUCUUGGGGGGUUUGGGGGCCCUUGGCUCUUGGGGCCUCUUAUCAUCUUGGCUGCAGGAGACGGAGGCCCCCCCGGGUCUGGGGGCCCUCGUCCCGGGGGGGCCCCCCGGGGGCCCCCCGGGGGCCCCCCUGGGGGCCCCCCUGGGGGGGCCCCUGGGGGGGCCCCUGGGGGGCCUCCCAGGGGCCCCCCAGGGGCCCCGGGGGGGGCCCCUCGCUUUGAACAGCUUCGCGCUGCCGAAGUUCACAGGGGCGAGCUGCCACCACCAGCAGCAGCAGCUGCAGCAGCAGCAGCAGCAGCAGCAGCAGCAGCAGCAGCAGGUGGUGACGGAGAAAGGGGGGUUUGAAGGCAUUGUUGAGUCUUUAGCAGCAACUGCAAGAGAAGACCCCGAUGAGGCCUCUAGGCAGUUGGCAGCAGCAAUUUUAAGGGACUGGAGAGCCAACACAAGUGAAGAAAUGGGGGCCCUUGGGGGGCCCCCCUGA